AUGGCGACCGAGCAACCAAAGCCCGCGACCGAGGACCCAAAGAUCGAUCUAUUUGAAGACAAUGACGAGUUUGAGGAGUUCAUCUUGGAUGAUGGUUUUCUUGCUGAUUGUUUAACACUAAACAUUGAACGAGAAUUUAGUAUGAAUUUAGAUCUAGAUUCUAUUACAGAUGAAUUUUAUGCUGUGAUAAUUCUUGGCUCCGCCACUGAAGACAGUAGACAGGAGAAGAUGAAGCAUAAUGAUACGCUCCUUCCGUCUACAGUAAAAAACAAGGAGCGGCGAUCAGCCAUCCUUGUGAAGCUCAAGCAUCAGAAAAAGGUGGAGAAACGGAAAAAUGCCAAGGUUCGUGAAGCUGAUGAGAAAAGAGCUCUGGAGCUCGGCGAGGAGCUUCCUCUGAAAAAAAUUCCUCGAACCAUAGAGAACACGCGUGAGAUUGAUGAUACUAUCUGUAAGCCCGAUGAUGAAGAGCUAUUUGCCGGCAAUGAUGCUGAUGAAUUUAGUUCCAUCUUGAAGCAAGACUUUACUCCUAAGAUCUUGAUUACCACGUCCCGCUUCAAUUCCACUAGGGGACCUGCUUUUAUUACAGAUCUUUUAUCGGUCAUCCCCAAUGCUCAUUACUACAAGAGAGGCACCUAUGACCUCAAAAAGAUUGUUGAAUAUGCAAAAAAUAAGGACUUCACUUCACUCAUUGUCGUCCACACCAACCGCAGGGAACCGGAUGCUCUCCUAAUCAUAGGCUUACCUGAUGGGCCGACUGCACAUUUCAAAUUAUCAAGGCUUGUUUUACGCAAAGAUCUCAAGAAUCAUGGAAAUCCAACUAGUCAUGAGCCUGAGCUAGUUUUGACCAAUUUUUCAACACGUUUGGGACAUCGUGUUGGGAGGAUGAUACAAUCUCUAUUUCCGCAAGUACCUAAUUUCCGUGGUCGGCGAGUUGUUACCUUCCACAAUCAACGAGAUUUUAUAUUCUUCCGCCAUCACCGCUACAUAUUUGAAACCAAAGAAAGCAAACAGGCAGAAUCAAAAGGUAAAAACAGCAAGGAUGGUAAGGAGGCUAAGUCUAAGGAGAAAGUAAUUGCCCGGCUUCAGGAGUGCGGUCCUCGUUUCACAAUGAAAUUAAUCAGUCUGCAGCAUGGAACAUUUGAUACAAAGGGUGGGGAAUACGAGUGGGUUCAUAAGCCUGAAAUGGAUACUAGUCGCAGGAGAUUUUUCUUAUGACAUGCCCUGAAACUGAGCUGUCGAGUUUUUUUUACCUUGUGGUUGAAGCCAUUUGGAGGAAAAGAAGCUAAUUUCCACAUGAUUUCACCGUUUUUGCGGAUUUCUGUCUUCCUCAAUUUCUCCCCUUCUUUAAAGUUGAGCUCUACUUUUGUAUUUAUCUGUUUUGCGGGAAGAAGGGAGGGAUCUGAUGUUGCUCUAUAAUGCUGUAAAGUGAGUAGAUUUUUGUGCAAUGGCCAAGAACCCCUUAGUUCUCUGCAUUUGAUAUUAUUUUAUCAUAAUUUCACUAUUAUUCACACAAUUAUUGUUCA